AUGUCCGCCUUCGAGUCCGAGGGCGUGCAGAAGGCACUGAGCUUCCUGUGCCUGGCCAUCUUCGGGCGCCUCAUCAAGGGCCGCUUCAGCAAGCCCAUGGUCGCCGGCGUCCAGAAGCUCAUCCUCGACGGCAUGCUGCCCUGCGUCAUCUUCAAGGCGCUGUGCUCCAUCAAGCUCGACGCGUCGCUGCUCAAGUGGCCGCUCAUGGGCGCGGUCUUCGUCGUCGCGCAGCUCGCGGCGUCGGCGCUCUGCAGCUCGCUCGUCUUCCCGGGCGACCGGCUCGCGGCGCCGCGGCGGUCCGCGCUCGCGGAGCUCGGCACGUCGGCGCCGGGCCUGAGCGCCAUGGUCUUCGUCAAGGAGUUCGUCGGCGACCACGCCGCGGGCCACGCGGCGCUCUUCGACCUGCCGACGAAGCUCUACCUCAUCUUCGCGCUCCCGAAGCUCCUCCGCGCGGCCGGCGGCGGCGGCGGCGGCGCCGCGGGCGGCGCGUCGGCGCUGGGCCUGCUCAAGGACCCGCUCAACGUGAGCAUCGUCGCGGGCCUCGCCUGCGCCGUGUCGGGCACGGCGUUCGCGGACCUCGCGUUCGUCGGCAAGGCCAUGACGGCGCUCGCGUCCGCGCAGACGCCCGUGCUCUUCCUGCUCAUCGGCAUGAAGCUCAAGUUCGAGGGCGCGACGCCCGCGGCCUGCGUCGUCCUGCUCGUCGGGCGCCACGCGGCGAACUACGCGUGCUUCGCGGGCUUCGUGGCGGUCCUCGGCCUCGCGGGCGACGACGCGCUCACGGCGCUCCUCAUGGUCCAGGCGGCCGUGUCCGUCGUCGGCUGGAGCCAGAUGGCCAAGGCCUCCGAGGCCGGCGUCGCGGGCUACAACCUCGACUUCGCCUUCGACAUCGUCGGCUACUCCAUGCCCCUCACGAUGCUCCUCCAGACGCUCGCGUGCCUCUCGGACCCGGCCCAGGCGACGGCCCGCGCGGCGACGGUGCUGCCCGUCGCCGGCGCCGCGCUCUUCGCCGUCGGAUUCCUCGCGAUCAAGUCGUCGGUGCAGGACCCCGCGGCGUGGGAGAAGAAGGCGGACUAG